AUGGCCGUUGUUCUCUCGUCGGAAGAGAAUAACUAUUUCUCAUCAUCGACGCUGCGCCGAUCCCACUCGCAGCCCAAGUUCGUCGCAAAGCGCUCAGGCUUUCACACGUCUGCCUCGGCCUCGCGAAUAGCCGACCUCUACCCGGACUCUAAGGCAUUUGGAGAUUCGGCCCCUUCCUCGGCUCCUUCAUCUCCUCGUGGUAUUCGUGUCGAGUCGACAGACCUGUCGUGCUCGUCCACACCGGCCACCAGCUUUUCCCUGGCAUCAGAUUCGGGUUCGGAUUCGGACGACGACGAAGACGGCCACCUCGGCUUAGUCAUCUCCGAAGAGCAAGAAAUCAUUCUACCUCAGUACGAGGACGUGGGGUACUUGAACAAUUCAGCAGGGGACGUGGAGCCGCCUUCGAGCCCACAGACUGGUCUCUCAUAUUCCUCUUCUCCAAGCGACCAGGACAAUUCGAACACUACAUCAAGACCUGGAUCUCCUGACGUCCUCGAACGGGCCGAAGAUGACAUAGCAAUAAGGGCGCAGCCCUCACGGCAUGUUGAUUAUCUCUCACACAACUGGCGCGAGGAGGACAUUUGGUCAUCCUGGAAACAUAUCGUUUCCAGGAGAGGCGACUACAGCAAUUCCGCCCGGUUGGAAAACGCUUCCUGGAGGACAUGGAUGAAGUCCAAGAAUAAGCUGAGCACUGUGUCUCCGGAGACGCUUAAUUGGUUGAAGGAUUGCGACGUGACAUGGCUUUAUGGCCCAUUGCAGACCGGCACUGCUAAUCUGCACACAAAGCACAUGAACCCGAGCAGUUCGAGGCUGUCUAAGUCAAACUCCUUUGUCAACAAGAAGCCUAUCUUGAAAAAGCGGAGCAUGUCCGAGAUAAUGCUCCAAAGGUCGCUGUCUGCCUCGUCACUGGUAAAGCAGGCCGCAGCAGCUGUCCAAGCCCAGCAAAAAGGAGGCUUGAAGAGAAUCGGCCGACGACCCGGCUUAGAGCGGGCAGUCACUGACUACAUAACGUUUCCAUUUUCGUCGGCUCGGGGCAGCUCCGAUAACACGAACCUGUUCCCAUCGACGACAUCUUCUGGCGUUAUAUCCCCGAGCGGCGAACGGAGGCACAUUCAUUUUAAUGAGCAGGUGGCCCAGUGCAUUGCCGUCGAGGUCAAAGGCGAUGACGACGAUGAAGAUGCUCGCGCAGACCGGUUUGCGUUUGACAGCGACUCGGACGACGGGGCCAUCAUGAUGAAACGGACCACGUCCAAAAAGUUGAGGCCCGUGCUAAAGAAGGUGAAGAGUUUCAGUGUCAGUGGAGGAGAGAGCAAGACAAUCGCCAUGCUACCCUCGACGACGUUGAAAUAUCGAGAUGAUACGCCGGAACCAACCGAGUCGGCCAUGAAGCACAGUACUGGCGUCUUCCGGAGCCCGGUUAUAUCCCCUUCGUCGUCGCAAGAGACGCUGCGCCCGUCCAAAAAGUCCGGAAAGCUCUUCAUAGACGACGACGAUGACGACGACGACGAUGGUGACGACGACGACGACGAAGAAGAGGAGGAGGACCACGAUGACAACAUCAACAGUUUUGCCGGGCCAUCUACGACAAAAUUUGGCGAGGGCGCAUCGGGGCUUCGUCGGACAACGUCUUCGAGCAGUCUCACAACAGAGCCGGUCGGCAUGCGCAGGACGGCUUCAGGAAUGUUCAUGCCAUUUGAGGACGGCGAGGCUGAUUCUACUAAUGAAGGCCUUUUCGGUCGGGUCAUUGACACGGUAAAUACGGCCCGGGACAUAGCCCACGUUAUCUGGAACGUAGGGUGGAGGAAAUAA